AUGACUGGAGACAACUGGAAGGAACAACGUCGAACAUCGUUACAGAUCUUACGAGACUUUGGCAUGGGAAAGAAUUUAAUGGAAGAACAAGUUCUUCUUUCCGCACAAGAUUUUCUUGCGCAUAUGAAUUCGAUCGAGAACAAGGAAGCAAUGGAUCUUCGGCAUCCAAUACAGAACAGCUAG